CUCAUUCACGCUGUGGCUCGGAGUGUGUCCGUGCGCUUUAUUCCCACUAUCGGAAAUAAGACCGGGGGAUUAACCUGCUUGUUUUUAUCUUCGACGUUUGUGAAAUAACCUUUUUAGUUCCAUUAUUACUAUUAUUAUUGUUAUUAUUAUUAAUAAACAGUUAGGAUUAGGUCGCGCGCUUGUGCAUGCAAUUCCACCCUGUCUGUGUGAUGGCUCGAAUGAACUUUUGACACUGAGGGUUAUGAGAGGGUUCCCUCAUGCAGAGUGGCCCGGGAUCAUGUCUCUGACCGUGAACUGCUCGGCACACGCACGAUCGCCCUCCGACGGCGCGCGCGGAAGCCUGAUAUCCACCGUCGCGCGCUGUCUCCAACCGGACACUGCGCACGCGCCAACACAGGACAAGCCCAUACUUGCUGCUCCGAUGUUCGUUUUUCAGAAGAGGACAUCUUCAGCAAAGAGGACGGGAGAUGAUGACGGGACUGGAGCGUGUUUGAACAAGCGCAUUAGAUCGAUUACCUAUCCUUCUUUGAAAGGUCGAAACAAAAAGGGCUCCUGUGGUGUCAGCAAACGAGCACGAUCCAGUUCCCUGUCCUUCCCACAGCCUUUACAGGUCCCAAGAUCAAAUGUGUUCCUGUCGUCACACAACCUGAACCAAGUCUCUUCCUCCACACCACUUGCAGCAUCUCCACGAGGCAAGGUGAAGAAUACGCCGUUAAGUCCGGGUCCGCUGUUAGCACCUGAGCCAUGGAGCAACCAUGAUGUGCCUCGUAUUAGACAGGUUGGCCUUAAUGCAGAUGGAAACCUCUCCAGGGUUACGAUUGGGUUCCCAGCCUCAGCCAGUGCCUUAGAACAGCGGAUGUUACCUCAAAUGACCAGACAUUUCUCACAGACAAGUACAGUGGUCACUGGAAGCUUCCAGUUUGUGUUUGGGGAGAAUAUGAGUGAAAGGGUACUGAGUCCACCUUGUGAGGACAAAUCUGACACAGACUCAGACUCAGAUUCCUCCUGCACAGAAUCCCCUAACACAAUGACUGCACAGAGCACACUUUGGGAAUCCGCUGCAGCUCACACCGCUGCCUGCAGGAGACGCUGUCUGCUCAAAGAAGUGCAGAUCUUUACUGGAGAGGAGAAUGAGAGCAACGUCGUCCAGCUGACCUGCAAGCUGUUCGUUUUGGAAAGAGGAACCCACUCGUGGACUGAGAGAGGGAGAGGGGUCUUACGGCUAAACGACUUGCAAACUAAAUAUAAGGGAUGUCUGCAGUCAAGGAUGGUGAUGAGGCACCAGGGCAGUCUGAAGCUGAUCCUGAACACUAAGUUGUACCCGCACACACACCUGCGGCGCCCGGCACGGAGGAACCUCCAGGUGACAGCAACUGACUUGGAGACUCGCAGUGUACGUGUGUUCCUGGUCCAAGCCAGUGCCCGGGACAUUGCCAGGCUCUAUGUGGCUAUUCACCACAGACUGGUGGCCCUGCGCUGCAGUACUGCAAUGUUCAGGGACCGAGAAGGACACUGCAGUGAGGAGGACAACGACAAUGAAGAGGGAAAGCCUAAUGAGGAGGCGUUUUUAAUCACACACACCAGAUCUGGGGAUUGUAACUGGAGGAACAGUCAUUCCAGUCUCCACCAGUGAACAUCCUACUCAUCCUUGUGCCUAACAAAGAUUCCCGUCCUGCUUCUGUCUUUAGCCUUUUUGUGAAUAUCAAGAUCUAAAUGUCAACAAAACGCAAACUGGUUUUGUUUACCUAGGCUGCGAAAUUUAUGAAUAUUAUGAAACUCAGCCUUUUACCUACAAAGAACAGUUAUUUCUCAGGUUGUAGACAGUGGUGCAUAAAAUGAUCUCUAUAAUAUAGGAUGUCCCAAAAAUAUGACAUCAUUUCAUUGUCUAACAUAACAAAUGCUUGCUUAAAUGAUCUCACAUUUUAAGUGUAAAAACUAACUAAGUUUAAUGUUUUACAUUUAAUUCUGUGUUGCUAUGCAACAGAAACUUGAAGGUGAGGAGUUCAAAUAGGGUCUUGUUUUCAGUGACGAGGGCACAUUUCAUACGAAGGGUAAAGUCAACAAGCAUAAUGUUUGCAUUUGGGUGGGGAAGAACAUCCCCAUGCUACAGUUGAGCACGUGAGGGACUUGUAAGUGAAUGUGUUGAAGCUGGACUACCGAAUUGACGUGUGUGUACAUAUUGAACGUUUGUGAAGCUUUGUGAAAAUGGUUAUAAAAUCUAUAUCCGUUUAAAUAUAUUGUUGAAAUUUUGAUAUAUAAAAUCUUUUAUUUUUCAACAUCAACAUAAAGCCUAUUUAUUUCAUGUGCGUAGAACAUGAAGUUACUCAGAUAUUCAUAUUUUAAAUGAUGUCAAAUUGUUUGGGACACCCUGUAUAUUGUGUAAUAUUUUUGUGUUAUUUAAAAAAAGCUAAAGUAACCAGGCACAAGAUAUUUGCUGAACUUAGAAACGGAAUCAUUUAGACCUGAACUGAAAUGAACAUAUUGUUUGAAGAAACUUUUUUUGUGAUUUCAGUUUAUUUACAGUUAUUAUGCCUACAAGAACAGUAGAGUUAAAUUGUGAAUUUAUUGGGGUUUUUUUUGGUUUGAGUCUACAAUAUUUUUGUGCUUCAAUACACCUGAAGGAUCAGCUCAGUUUAUGAUCAGGUAUAAGUACACCAUAUAGGACCACAUUUGAGCUGUUCUGAGACAGCGAACUGUAAAUUUUCUUAUUUGUACAUUGGCUUCACUCUGUACAUUCACAAGCGCAGAGACUCUAAUGGAUAACUGUGAAACUGUGACGUCUGGAGAAUCUAAGUCAUGAUAUUUAGCAUCUAUGCAAAUUUCAAAGCAACUUCAGAUGGAAUUUAAAAUAGGCCAAUUUUGGGCCACCUGUCUUCUUUUAUUUAUUGUUCCGAAUUCUUUAAUAGCACUUUGUCAGAAAGGGGUUUAUAUGAUCUAUGCUUUCUGUUCCUGAACACAGGCCUGCUACAGGUUCUGGUUCAGUUAUUUAUAAUACACCUGGCAGAUAUCUCUUCUCUGUUAACGAGGGAUUUCCCUUUCCGUUCUACCUCAUGAACAGUAUUCAACACCAUCCCAUCUUCUGCGCUGACGUUUUGGUCCUAAGAAGAGCUGGUCGUGUUAAGAAAAACUGAAAACAGUGUUAGCGUUUUAUUCUGUUCUUCAACCCUGACGGUUAAGGAGACAAUUUUAAAUAGUAUCUACAUCCACAUUUUGUUUAUAAAUUGCAUUUGUAUUAAAAAAAUCAGGAAAAAGCAAAAACAUGUUAUUCGCCACCUAUUAUACUUUAAGCUCUAAAAUAUUUGAAGGAGGAUUUCAUUUAAGA